CACGGCAAUAAUUUUAGCUUGAAAAUCGUAUAUCAUAAUGUAAUUAAUGACUACCAGGCACAAAAUAAGAGCAGAAAAAAUGUUGUCUGGCAUUGCAAAGUGUUGAUUAAGGCAAUAACGAUAUCAUUGGUCAAGAGGCAAUUAGCAAUCCACUUUUUGGUCUAACCACCUUUGUCACCAGCCCCCGUCGUAAAGUCACGUGCCUUCGGCUAGCACACAACACUAUCCAGAAAAUUUUCGUUAACGUGGAAGUUUCAAGCUUGCGAGCCGUCUCCUACAAGCACAAUAAACCUUCUCUACCCAAGGACGAUAGACCACCUUACGCACCCUCGCCAUGCCUCCCAAGCUCGAUCCCAAUGAGGUGAAGGUCAUUCACCUGCGUGCCACUGGUGGUGAAGUCGGUGCUCAAUCUGCACUGGCUCCCAAGGUUGGUCCUCUAGGUCUUUCACCCAAGAAGAUUGGUGAAGAUAUCGCCAAGGCUACCGGUGACUGGAAGGGCUUGCGUGUCACCGUCAAGCUCACCAUCCAGAACCGUCAAGCUGCGGUUUCCGUCGUCCCUUCGGCCUCGUCCCUCGUCAUCAAGGCGCUCAAGGAGCCUCCUCGUGACCGCAAGAAGGAAAAGAACAUCAAGCACACCAAGUCGAUCCCUCUUGACGAGAUCAUUGACAUUGCUCGUACCAUGCGCUCUCGCUCCCUUGCCAAGGAGCUCCGUGGAACCGUCCUUGAGAUCCUCGGUACUGCUUUCUCCGUUGGCUGCCGCGUUGAUGGCCGCAGCCCUAAGGAUGUGAGCGAUGAUGUCAAGUCUGGAGAGAUUGACAGUAAGUUUCUUUUUAUCUUCUGA